AGCGCGUCCACAAAAUUUGCAUUGCGACGGAAGAACAAACUUUGUUCAAUAAGGCAUGAAUUUACGACUGUGUUUUAAACAUAGAAGAGCUCUUUUCUUUCACAUAUUUUUUAUACAAUCUAUAAUCUAUAUAAAAUAGUUCAAUGACUACCUCAAAGUACCAAGAGUCAAUCAAAGAUCUCGCUUCCACAGACGAUGUUAAGCGACUUAAAGCCUUACGAUUUAUAAAAAACUCAGUCAUUGGAAACAAAACAAAAAAGGAUCUUUACAUCCAACUCGGCGUAGUGCAAAAACUAGUUGAAUACCUUACGCUUCCCGAUGACACGUCCUUUUUUCUUAAAAUACAAGCAGCAACUGUUCUUGGCAGUAUUGCUUAUGGCAAAGACGAAAAUGUGAAUGCGGUUGUGUCUUUUGGAGCAAUAACACCACUCUUGGAUGCUUUGGCUCUACGUCCUAGUGUCCCGGUGAUUGAAGCCAUUCGUGAAAAACGCAAGCUGCUAGAAGCUGCUACACGCGCAUUAAAGUCUAUUUUCACAUGCCCAAGAACUCCAAAGGAUGAUAUUUUCACAAGUCAUUGCUAGUUUCUGACAUAAAACUCUGUCGUUCCUAUCAUUUCUGAACAAAACAAUCCAGGAAAAGCAUAUUUCGGAUCUUGUUGCCUUGUUAGAUGCGACAU